AUUGUUAUAAGCAGCGGGUGCGAAAUCAGAAAGUAAAAGUCAUACAGCUAGCCGUUACAGAACUUGUCAAACAAAUUGUGAUUCUGUGUAAUUUUGUCUGCGAGUGAUCGACUUUUACAUAUCAAAUGGAUGAAAAACCACACAUUCGUUUUGACCCUUUGAAAGAUGAGUGGGUUGUCGUUUCGCCCCACCGCGCAAGGCGCCCCUGGAAAGGCCAGGUUGAAAAACGACAGGAGAAGCUUGUUCCCAGACGAGAUAUGAAAAACGAGCUUGUUCCUUCGGCCGUACGAGUAAACGGGGAAAAGAAUCCAGAGUAUGACGGCGUUUAUGUCUUUAACAACGACUUCCCCGCGCUGUUAGAGGAGGGGCAGAGCAAUGAAGGGUGUGGUGGUGAUGAUAAUGAUGGUGGUGGUGAUGAUAAUGAUGGUGAUGGGGGGUUGUUUCAAAGUGCCCCCGCUAGGGGUACCUGCCGGGUGAUGUGUUUCCAUCCCCGGUCAGAUAUGACGUUGCCUCUCAUGGAAACCGAGGAAGUUGUCAAAGUGGUCAAAGAGUGGAUAUCUCAGUUUGCCGAGCUGUCGAAGAAAUAUCGCUGGGUUCAGAUCUUUGAAAAUCGAGGUGAAAUGAUGGGCUGUUCAAAUCCUCACCCGCACUGUCAAAUCUGGGCCAGCUCAUUUCUUCCCAAGGAACCAUCAGUUGAAGACAAAGCUCAGAAAGAAUACCUUUCGAAACACGGAACACCGAUGCUGUCGCGAUACAUAGAACUCGAACUGUCCAAAAAAGAACGCAUCAUCAUUGAGAACGACCAUUGGCUUGUUGUGGUACCCUACUGGGCUGUGUGGCCUUAUGAGACCUUGCUGCUUCCAAAAAGGCAUGUCCUGCGACUGUCUGAUUUAACCGAUCAAGAGCAAGAAUCCUUGGCAGUCAUAAUGAAACAACUUGUAACAAAAUACGAUAAUCUAUUCGAAUGCGUAUUUCCCUACUCUUUCGGCUGGCAUGGAGCCCCUACCGGAUCAUGCGACGCUGAUUGCAACCAUUGGCAACUGCAUGCCCAUUAUUACCCACCACUACUGAAGUCUGCUACCGUAAAGAAGUUUAUGGGAGGUUACGAAAUGUUGGCCUCGAGACAAAGAGACCUCACCGCAGAAGCGGCCGCAGAGAAAUUGAGAGAAACCCCGGAUGACCAUUAUAAACUGAGAAAAAGUGAACAACAGUAAAUCCCACGUGUUCUAUAAAUGAAAAUUGUUGCAACAUAUACAACAGCAAUCAAAGGUCUAAAUGAGACGACUCACGGAUGCACGAAUAGCCGAUUAACUGUUGGCUAGUGGACUAACCAGAUAAACAAGUUUUUAAUACUAGACUAGACUAAUCAGAUAAACAAGUUUUUAAUACUAAGCGCACAAAGCAGGUUGGUCGAGUUAAUGGCACUAAAGAAUGCGAGACCGUUAGCAAUGACUCCCUGAUACUCCUACGGAGUAUGCUUGAGUCAAAAAUGACGAGUUUUGAACAGUCGCAAUCCUAUAGUCAUUAGCAAUGCUAAAGCUCUAAAACAUCGUAAUUACUUCAUCAUUAGUGAGCUUAAGCAAGCGACGUUUUUGACAACACAAACGGCAUGAGUAACGUGAAAAAACUGGGUCAAGGAUUGUGAUUGGUGAAAAACAAAAACUUUACUUCCGGUAAACGUACGUGUUGUCAAAAACGUCACUUGCUUAAGCUCACUAUUAUCUUAAUAACACAACUGCAAAGUCUUAAUUGUUAUUUUAAUUCGACAAAUAUAUGAAACUACUCUCUAUAUAAUAAUGAUUGUAAAACCAUAGAAGAUGCAAUAAAAGAUA